GCUGCUGCUGUCGCUGCCUCUGUCAACGCGCUAUCAGGCCUUCAAUAUCAGCCUCUGUCGCAGUCGCCGUCGCAGUCGCCGCUUAUUUCGCUUAGCUGCUAAGCGAUUUCCUUGGAGAAAUUCAGUUCAGCUCGGACGCUCAUCGCGCCCAUCCACACGUUUCCAUAGUUAAAGCUUCCAGAUUAUAGUACUGAUCAGAAAAGUGUCACCCACGACAUAAAUACAACUGCACCGAACACAUAACCUCGCAUCAGCGGGCGAUUUAUUAAAUAGUGCUGCUUCAUACGUUAUAGCAACAUGGUGGCUACCGAGGACGUUAAAAUGACUGUCAGCCAAGAAGAUGGGGACUCACGCAAUCCGAUAACCUACGACCUUCUGCAGGAAAGUGUGGCGAAGAACUCGAAGACCCGGCAAUAUCUGGCGGCCAUAAUAAUUUGUUUCGGCGCUGUUGCUGCUGGUACUGCGUUAUCAUGGACCUCCCCUGUGUUUCCUCAGAUAUCUUUGAACAAGACAGCAACUAAUGAAACUAGUAAUAGCACGACUGCCAGUGAAGGUGGCCUUCUACUGACCGAUUCUGAACAAACAUGGGUCGGCUCUAUGUUGCCCCUGGGCGCUCUUUUCGGAGCCUUGCCCUCCGGCUACAUAGCUGAUAUGAUCGGCAGACGGUAUACUGCCAUGAUAAUGGACGUUCCCUUCAUUUUGGCUUGGAUUUCGAUCAGUUUCGCCAAUUCGCCAAUUGCGGAGACCAGCAUUCGCGGUAGCCUGGGAACCUUGUUCCAGCUGCUCCUCACUAUCGGCAUCCUGUUCAUCUAUGUGGUGGGAAAUUGGGUCACAUGGCAAACGCUGAGCAUGCUCUGUCUAGUCAUACCAAUCGUUCUCCUAAUCGGCCUGUUCUUCCUGCCCGAAACUCCAGUGUAUCUUCUUAAAAGGGGCAAGCGUUCCGAGGCAAAUAGCGCCCUGAAAUGGUUGUGGGGUGACUACUGCAACACCACUAGUGCCAUCCAGGUGAUCCAGAACGACCUGGACCAGACCGGUGCGGACGCCUCCAUGAUGGAUCUGUUCAGCAAUCGCGCCUCUCGCAAGGGCCUCGUGAUCUCCGUGCUACUCAUGUUCUUCCAGCAGUUCUCUGGCAUCAACGCGGUGAUCUUCUUUAUGAACCAAAUCUUUGAGGAGAGUAAGAGCCUGGACGCUGGCGUCUGCACCAUGAUAGUCGGCGUGGUUCAAGUGAUCAUGACCCUGGUAUCGUCCCUGCUGAUCGAGAAGGCGGGCCGGAAGAUCCUGUUGGUCUUCAGCAGUUCGGUGAUGACAGUGUGCCUGGCCAUGCUGGGUGCCUUCAACACGAUGAAGAACCACGGUGAUGUAUCCUCCCUCGACUGGCUGCCCCUGCUGUGCAUAGUGCUGUUCAUCGUCAGCUUCUCGGUGGGAUACGGCCCCAUUCCCUGGAUGAUGAUGGGCGAACUCUUCAUGCCGGACGUGAAGGGCACCGCCGUGUCCCUAAGCGUCAUGAUGAACUGGGUGUGCGUGUUCCUCGUGACAUGGCUCUUCGGCCAGUUGAAGUCCGUCGGGACCGACGUGCCAUUCUGGUUCUUCAGUGGUUGGAUGGCUGUAGCCACUGCCUACGUGGCCAUCGCCCUCCAGGAGACGAAGGGCAAGACUGCCAGCCAAAUCCAGAGUUGGCUGAGCGGUCACUAAGGAUCCUAAGAGGGCUCCCUAUAGAAUAUUCUAUCCAAAUGCCAUUAAACUCGUAGGUAAAUAAGCAGACAAUGCCAAAAAGUAAUGUAGGAGUUUUGAAGGGGUUUCGUUUGAUACCUUUGCGAGGAUAGUACCUAUUAGGGCCAGUUAGGAAAUACGAUGUUUAAUUAUUAUAUUUAUAAACCUUUAAUUGCAGUUUUUAAUUAAAGAACACUUAUUCCAUCGAAAUUCAAAU